AUGCUGCGUUUGGCGCGUCCCAGCGUCAGUGGGCUGUUGCUGGCCCCUGCCCUGGUUCAGCACACUGUACUGGCCCCAGUCCUGGCCUCUUCCCUGGCCCCUGCUCUGGCCCCGGCUCUGGCCCCUGCCCUGGUUCAGAAGGUUCACAUGCACACAGCUCUGUCCCCUGUCCUGGCCCCUGUCCUGGCCCCUGUCCUGGCUCCGGCUCUGGCCCCUGUCCUGGCCCCUGUCCUGGCUCCGGCUCUGGCCCCUGUCCUGGUGCACAGGGCUCACAUGCACACCCCUGUGCAGGCAGUGGAGCAGUUCCUGGUGGGGCUGCAGGAGGUGAGCGGCGCCCCCUGGUGGCUCAGUAUUGCAGCAGCAACUGUGAGUGUGCGCUCCACGGUGACUCUGCCCCUGGCUGCGUAUCAGACUGUGGUUCUGCACAGGGUGGAGGCGCUGCAGAAGGAGAUCUCAGAGCUGUCGCUCAGACUCCGAUAUGAAGUGUCUGUGAAGGCCAAAGAAGCCGGAUGGAGCGAGCGCACCUGCAGAUUCCAGUUUAAGAAGAAUAUGCGGCGCAUCGUCUCAGAGCUCUACGUUCGCGACAACUGCCAUCCGUUCAAAGCCUCCAUCUUGGUUCUGGUGCAGGUCCCGCUCUGGAUCAGUCUUUCUCUGGCGCUCCGAGACCUCAGCCUGGACUCCAGCGAGGUGUACUCUGCGCUGGCAGCAGGGGGCGCUCUCUGGUUCAAAGACCUCACUGUCCCUGACCAAACCUGGAUCAUCCCUGUGUCUCUGGGACUCACCAACCUGCUGCUGGUGGAGCUGGCGUCCCUCCAACAGAAGUCGGUCCCGGGACGUUUCCAGAAGAUCGUCCUGCACUCGUUCAGAGCUGUGUCUGUGAUGAUGAUCCCAGUGUCUGCGUAUGUCCCCACGAGCAUGUCUCUGUACUGGCUCUGCUCCAGCCUCGUGGGACUGAGCCACAACCUGCUGCUGCGCUCCCCUCGCCUCCACACACUGCUCCGGCUGCCGCCCAAGUCCAGCACGCCCUACAGAGACCUGUGGGCCGCUUUUGUCACCAAUGGGUCUGGGGGUCUCUCACAGUGGGUUUGGGCUCUCUCACAGUGGGUUUGGGCUCUCUCACAGUGGGUUUGGGCUUUCUCACAGUGGGUUUGGGCUCUCUCACAGUGGGUCUGGGGGUCUCUCACAGUGGGUUUGGGGUCUCUCACAGUGGGUUUGGGCUCUCUCACAGUGGGUUUGGGCUCUCUCACAGUGGGUUUGGGGUCUCUCACAGUGGGUUUGGAGCUCUCUCACAGUGGGUUUGGGGUCUCUCACAGUGUCACAGUGGGUUUGGGCUCUCUCACAGUGGGUUUGGGCUCUCUUACAGUGGGUUUGGGCUCUCUUACAGUGGGUUUGGGCUCUCUCACAGUGGGUUUGGGCUCUCUCACAGUGUGUGGCUCAGACGGACAGACCUACACAAACCCCUGUGCCCUGAAGAGCGCCAGCAACAGGAGAGAGGCGGAACUGCAGCCAGUGACGGUGAAGGCCAAAGGCCGCUGCCCCUCAGCUCCGCGGAUAGUGACCCCUCCUGGUGAAGUGUACAACGUGUCGGGCUCGCAGGUGUACCUGAGCUGUGAGGCCGUGGGCAUCCCGACACCUGUGCUCACCUGGAACAAGGUGGUGAACGGCGGGAGGAAGAGGGUGGAGCUUCUGCCUGGAGACAGAGACAAUCUGGCCGUUCAGACUCGAGGAGGACCAGAGAAACACGAGGUCACCGGUUGGGUCCUGAUCUCUCCUCUCACUGAGCAGGAGGAGGGUUCUUACGAGUGUCACGCGUCCAACUCCCUCGGAAUCGCAACCGCUGAAGGCUCCAUCCACCUGGUGCAGAACCAGGAGAGCAUCACGGUCAAGAGAGUUCUGAAAGACCAGGAGCUGUGA